CUCUGAUCGUGGGCCUCGAGUUCGCAUUAAGCCCUCGGAAGAGUGUCAUCACCGAUACUGCUCACCUCUGCUCACGGCAGCGGUUGCCGCACGAGGUUCUCUACGAUAUUCCCACUACUACUAGUACCGCGCUACAAUGUACCACAUCAAUGCCACCGCAGUUACUUUUCGGUUUUGGUUUUCAUCAAGAAAUUUCUUGUUCUCUUCCUUCUUCAUAAAAACAACAAUCGAACCAAACAACAUCAUAGAAACAACCCAACCACACACAUCUUCUUCUAAAACCCCUACCAGUAGAUACCACCAUGACUGACGGAAUCCAAAGACACAUCUCCAGCUUGAUGCAAGACCGCCCCAAGAGCUUUUGCAUUAUCUCCGACAACGCUCUGUCGUUGAACAAUAGCGAAGCCAUGUCCACCAAGCAAAGACCCCGCAGAGCCAAGUCCACAGACCGUCCCGGCGCCGUCAUCAAGGCGCCCUUUUCUCGAACUCGCUCUGCUCCUCAUCGCAUACCGAAACGCUUUCACAGUGUUGACACUACCGAUGAUCUUCCCACUUCCAAUUCUCGGUGGUCCAGCGUCCCCGAAACCAACAAGUCGAAAUCCACGAUGACACCUCCUCAACGUCGCGGACUCUCCAAGGACGGCCAAGAACAACUGCAAAAGCUGGCAUCUUCCCGCCAGCAACAAAAGAGCCUCCCUCCUACCAAGCCCAUGAGAAAGUUGUUGGACGACGAAGAAACCGCACUAAUGCCCGAGAGCAUGAGUCUGGCAUGUUGCAUCGCUCAUGGUGCGGCCAAACGACGAACCAAAGGUGUUCGAGCCAUUCGAAGACCAACCCAAGAGAAACGACGAAACAUUGUCGACAUUCUCGAUGCUGCAUUGGGAUCACUAGACAUGUCCGAUGACACCAUGACCAUUUCCACUUUCUAGACUGUCACAAUAACUUGCUUACAAAUCUUAAUAAAAUUGAAUUAAAUGAUAACGUCAAUCUGAUAUAGUCUCUGCAUAUACCGG